AUGGUGUACAAUUCGUUGACCGAGGUUCCUCGUAACCUUAAGGAAGGUAUUGACUGGUUGAUCGCAUUGAAGGGAACUGAUGGCGCGAAAAACUUGAAGGCUAUGGGUGCCGCACUGUACAACUUUCUUUCUGACAAGCCUGUUGGUUUGACGGAGGUGCCAGCUCUCGAAAAUGUUAAACAUAUUUCUCAGCAGUUCUUGGAGCAACCGGAGCUUAUGGAUCGGCCUUUUGUCAAAAACCUGGUGGAGAGGUUCAAUAAGCCUACGGGUGAAAGUCAGCAGAUGCACGAUCCCGUGUCUAUGGGUGUCAAAGAAAGCGACUACAAGAACAUCGUAGAGGCCUGGAAUAUCACGCCUGAGAAUAUCGCAAGAAGCUUAGGUAAAGUAGUGGAUGGAUGUGAAAAGUUCUUGGAAGAGGUCAAAAUCCCCGAAAAUUACACGUUUGCUUACAGUUCAGGUGCUACGUGGGAUUCUUCAUGCGCGAAAGACCCGGAAGCUUGUGCAGUGGUACUCGUCGGUAUUGCGCCAAUGUUAUACGCUGGCAUACGUUCUUUGCGGGAUGCAGGCAAAGAUGCAACUGCAAAAGAAACAGAUCCUAUGGAAGAUAAGCAUUUGGGAAGCGUAUUGGAAGCAUUGGGUUACAAGGAGCCAGCAGGCCGCGCCGCAUUGAACACUUCAGAUGUCCUCAACUUGUUGCGAGUUGUGGAUAAAAAUGUAUUGAACAUACUCUACGCCUUCUCCGGAUUCUGGGGGUUUUAUGGAUUGGAUAUCCCAGUAGAUGUAGACGACGAGCCAUUUGUGGACUUCGAAGAUUUGGCAUCCAUGGACUUUGACGACGAUCCAUCUGUGGACUUCGAAGAUCUGGCAUCCAUGGACUUUGACGACGAGCCAUUUGUGGACUUCGAAGAUCUGGCAUCCAUGGACUUUGACGACGAUCCAUCUGUGGAUUUCGAAGGUCUGGCAUCCAUGGACUUUGACGACGAGCCUUCUGUGGAUUUCGACGGUUUGUCAUCUGUAGAUACUGAUGCUGAAUCUGUGAAAGUGGACAAACUCAUCAAGGGUGGGAAAAAAGGUCUCAAAAAAUAUUCGAAAAAAGCGUUGAAGAGAGCUUUGAAAAAAGCUCAAUUAAAAAAAUUGAAAAAUUCUGGAAAAAAACUGCCCCCAAAAUAUGCCAAAAAACUUGCCAAAAAACUUGCCAAAAAAGCUGCGAAGAAAAGUGCCAAAAAAGAUAAAAAGAAACAGGUUUUGCUUCAGUUACCCCAGUGA